GGUCUGUCCCUGUCACCUAAAACCAUCUCACCCUCCCCUCCUCGUCCACUCGCUCGCUUCUCCUUCGGUGCGGACGGACCUCCAUCUUGUAUAAAGACACGUUUCUGUAUUUCUAAUCGUUCAAACAUGGCUCAGGUCAACACGUGCCUCAAACUCAUCUUCACCAUCUUCAACAUCUUCUUCGCGAUCGUCGGAGGCGUCGUCAUCGCUCUCGCUCUGCUGUCUCAGGUCGUCACAAACGUCGAUGGAGAAGGACUGGAGGGUCGGACCACCGGCCUCAUCGUCCUCUACACCGUGGGCACCGUCACCAUGGUGAUCGCCAUCUUGGGUGCCUACGGCGCCCACCGGGAGAACCGGGUGUGUCUGAUCGUGUUCUUGGUCUGUAUGGUGAUCGGGAGUCUGAUGAUGCUCCGAGCUGGAAUCCCUGCCGUCUCUGCCCGCCCCGAGUUGGAGAGCAUUUUGCAGGAGAAGUUCCAUCAGCUUCUUCCUCUGGACACAGCUACACCGGACGUGAAGAACAUGGCCGACAGGCUACAGGGACAGCUGCACUGCUGCGGUCUGUUCAGCUACACGGACUGGGAGGACAAGAUCCCCGACAGCUGUGUGUGUGACCAGGAGGAGCAGAUGGAGGGAAAGUGUCAGUCGGUCUCCUACAAAGAAACCCUGAUACACAGGCAAACGAAGUCCGUCUACAUCAAGGCCUGCUUCCCCAUCAUCCUCCACUACGUCCUCAUGUUGUCCAACAUCAUGAUCGGAGUCGUCUUCACGCUGGCCGUCCUGGCGCUGCUCGGCAUGGCGCUCUCCUCCGCCAUAAUCCACCAGAUCCGUCACCCGAACCGUCCCAUGGUGCUCAUGACGGUGCCGGCCAUCUUCACCACGGCUCCUCCCAAAUACCAGGAGCUGCACAACCCCCCCGGCUACUAGAGGGGCGGAGUCAGGAGAGUCCACUUCCUGUCAGGAGAGUCCACUUCCUGUCCAGGACGUUGUGCUCUAAUGUUACACCACUGGGUCUCAGCACCAACCUUAUUAUUGCUUUUUGUUAGCUUAGAGUCGAUCUGAUUGGUCAGUGCAGAGUGGGGGUGGGGCUUAUUGGUCGCUGGUGUUUUUGUGCAACCAGAGGAUUGUUUAAAGUUUAGUUAUUCAUCACAAUUUAGUUAUUUCAUGUCACAAAAUAUUUGGUUAAACAUCUCACAACUUCUUUGAGACUUUAAUCUUUAAAUUCAGACUUUGGUUUUAAAUCCUCUUCUGGGAUUUAAAGUUGUUUUAGAACAUUUUUCAACAAUAAAAUCACAAUAGUUUGAGUUCAGAUUAAAGGAGAUAAAAUAGAUUAAUGUCUGAAUUAUGAGCCAAACUCCAAACAAUCAGACGUUUGCUAAAAUAAACUUCCGGAGCUUAAAGUCGAUUUAUUUCCUGACUUUAGUCCAGCUGCUCUCGCUCUCUUUAUUUCACAGUGGGUCUUUUCUUUAUUUCCUUGUUAACCAGAAUGAUGUAAAAACUGAUGAAGUAAAGGCUUUUAUUUUGAAGGAGCGCUGUGAUGACGAGGCUUCAGACAUGUGAGGUUAUUUUUUAUAGUCUAUUUAAAGAAAUCCACAAAGUCCUUUUUAUAAGAAGAAUAGUGAAACUGGAGAAAAGGGAAAUAUAAUUCUGAUCUUGUGAUCUUUUCUUUGAUUUUCUGCUUCAAUGAUUAAACUGUAGCUGACGACUUCAAAAUAAAAGACCAGAAAACCAA